AUGAAGUAUCUUGGAAUUGCCGCUGCCAUUGCCUUGCUGCUGACACUCUCCGCCAGCCAGGGGACGGCCAAGCCGGGUAAGUAAGCAUUUUGGGAUACAAAAUCGGAAAUCUAUAUGCAUAUAAGCCCCGCACCACCAGAGAUGUGCAGCCAAAGGCCUGCGAUGGCGGGCAUGGAACAGGAUACGGCUUCUUGCAUGGCUUUCAUGCCGGCCUGGACCUAUGAUGCCACAAAGAACGCCUGCUCCGAGUUCAUUUAUGGCGGCUGCGGUGGAAAUUCCAAUCAGUUCUCCUCCCAAAUUGAGUGCGAAAAGGCCUGCAAGGACUGAAACAAUCGGGAAAAACCUACUCAGAAAUAAAAACAAA